AUGAAGGUUUAUCAGAGCGUCCUGCUACUCUUCUGCUGCCAGUUCCUUCAAACUCUGGCUUUAGAGUGCUCUGUGAUGAGUGGUAACCUGAAGCAGAUAGACGCUGGCUCUGGCUCAGUGGUUGGAGUGAACAAUCUUAAUGAAGUGUUCGUUCUGAUUGAUAAUGUCUUCACAAAGAUCAGCGGGUCUCUAAAGCACUUCAGUGUUGGUCCUGCUGGUCAGCUGGGGGUUAACAAAGCAAACAACAUCUUUAAGAUUCAGAGCGGCAGUUUCAUUCAGUUUCCAGGGCUUCUCAAACAGGUGGAUGCUGGAGGUGAUCAGAUCAUUGCAGGUGUCAAUAUGAAUGAUGACAUAUUCUGUUUAAAUAUGGAUGCUAACAACAAAUGGCCAUCCAGUACCACUCCUUGGGUUCAACUUAAUGGAAAGCUUAAGUACUACAGCUGUGGUCCGUACAGCUGUUGGGGAGUGAACCGCAAUGACCAAAUCUACAUCAUGAAGGAUGUGUCUAGUAAUGCCUGUCCUGGGUCCAACAGCUUUAAGAACAUUCCUGGAUUUCUAUCCAUGAUUGAAGUAGCCACUGAUGGCAGCGUCUUUGGUGUCAACUAUCAAGGGAACUUAUACCAAAGAACUGAAGUCACUCGCUCCGAUCCCGAAGGCACAGACUGGAUCUCAAUGGUUGCCUGUCCCAAUGGUCACAAGCAUGUGAGCUUUGACCUGGGAGUGCUGUGGGUCGUGUGUGUUGACGGCUCCAUUCGUAAAUGUACUUUGUAAUCUGUCACUGCAGCAACAGAGGCUCAAUCAUUGACCCUUUAAACCUGGGGACACCCCAGGUUUAUGCUUCAAAAUGUAAUUACUAAGCAACCCCUGAAUGGAAUAACAUAAAUUAGGUAUCAUUUUAAAGUUUAGAAUAAUUUCGAUCAACGAGCGCUGAGCAGUCCCUCUAAAACAAAGUGUACUGCAGGUGGGACGCCCCCCUCCGCAAAAAUAUUACUAAUUAUAUUUUCAAACCACUGCUUUGAUCAACAAAAAAUGGAAUUUCUCAAUUUCAAACUCAAAUGUUUCGUUUUUUCAGCUAUUUCUCAGCAGGAGAAUGUCCAAAUGAAUUAUUUUUCCCCACUGAAUGUACAGAAAGUUUUCUAUCAAAUGAUACCAACCUUUUGACUCUCCUGGCAAGUCUUUGAGUUAUGAGUCAUUAUUUUUGUGCAUGACAUUCAUUAAAAAACAUCAACUUCUGUGAGGGAAAAUGGCCUCAGGGCUUAAAGGGUUAAGAAAGCAUGCAUUGUCUGUAAACUGAAAUAAAGUUUUAAUUGUUGUUCAACAGA